AUGUCGGAGCCAAUAAUGAUUCAUUUUAUUUCAUCCAAUUGUGCUGAUUUGUGCCUUACCCUGCACCUCACAGUCACCGGACCACCCCACCACUGCCAGCAGAGACAACAGAGGAAAGAGUUUUUCUCAAAAAUAGAAAUUAGCAAACGAAAAAGCAGCAUUACGGAUUUCUUCACGAAGGCAUCCAAUAAAAAAUUACAUGCUGAUUCUGCAAGUUGCUCCACUCAGUCUGAGCCUUUGCUUCAGGCGGUGGUGUCCGCUGCAGAAACUACACCAGUCAGUGAACCGGCUGUAGUGGACAAGGUUACUGAUGUAGCUGAAGAUGCCGAUGUCAGUGAUAACAUUCUUCCAGAAUGUUGGGACCAGAAUCAGUGGCUAGAAUUAAAAAAAAAGUACCCUUGGCUGUUUGUAGACAAUGGUCUUUUAGGGUGCAAAGUGUGUUGCGAGGUUAAACACCUUGGAGUGUCUGUUUCACAGGGUGUAUCCAUUUCUAAAGAAUGGAGCACUGGUACAAUUACACCAUAUGGCAAAACAAAAAAAGAUGUGUUGACCUCACUACGUAAAAAAAUCCACAUACAUAAGAUUUCAGAAGCACAUGUAAAGGCAGGAGAUAUCCAAGCAGUAUCCAGAAAGGAGAUUCUGCAAUCCAAUAUUGCUGAACAGCAGAAGCAUAAGUUUGCGUCCACUACUAAGGUAUUUCGCACUGCUUACUUUUGUGCGAAAAAAAAUCGCCCGUUCACAGACUUCAGAGAUCUUAUGAGCUUGCAGGUUGCAAAUGGAGCUGACUUAGGAUGUAUUCUCCAUAGUGAGUACACAGCAGCACAAAUAAUAGAUUGCAUUGCUAGUGAAAUGAGAAAAAAGCUUUGCAAAGCAAUUGUUGAGCAGACUCCAAAGAUUUCUGUUUAUAUUGAUGAGUCUACAACCGUGUUAAUAGUUUAUAUUCGUGCCUCUGUUAACGGAAAAGACCCAGUCACUUUCUUUCUCGAUUUGCUUGAUUUGCCUAAAGCAGAUGCACAGUCUAUUGAAGCCACUCUUCUGGCUUGUCUUUUUAAAUUUGGGUUCAGUAAUGACUUUCUUGCCGAGAACUGGAUUGGGGCUUGCAGCGAUGGUGCAAGUGUAAUGCUUGGAAGAAAGUCGGGUGUUCUGGAACGACUCAGUCAAAAAUAUCCAAAGAUUUUGUAUGCUGUGUAUCAUCAGUCACCAAAAAAUCUGGCAGAGCUCUCAGAAUGUGCAAAAGAAUUAGAAGUGCAAAUUCUUAAAAUUGGAAAAGUUUUUUCAGUUAGAUGGGUUGCUUCAAGCCAGAGAGCUAUACGAGCAGUUUGGGAGUCAUACCCUGCCCUACACAGUCAUUUCUUGAAAGCAAGCUUAAGCUCAGCUCAUAACAGUAAGCAGAAAUCUGUAUUUAGUGGCCUUAACAAGGUCUUGACAUCAGUAGAUUAUCUGUUAAACCUUGCAGGGGUUGCGGAUGCUGUUCAGGAAAUGGGACUGUUAUCUGAAGCUCUGCAAAGAGAUGACAUCACACUUCCACGAGCCUAUCAGCUGAUUAAUCGUUCAGUUCGUGCCAUUGAAAAAAUGAAAGACAUGCCUGGCAAACAUCUGAAAGAAGCCAUGGAAUCGCUGGAGAAAGGGAAUUUCAAAGGUGUGACCAUCAAUCCAGAGAGUACGAAAGGCCAAGUGAGGAUAAAUCUCCCUCAAUUUUAUCAAAGUUUGGUGGAUAAUUUACGCUCCAGACUCUUUGCUUUAACUGCGAGCAACAGACCUGCAGCUUCAUCACAGUCAGGUGAAUUUGAAACUCUUGUCUCUGAAAUUGACAUCCUGAAUUCACAACACUGGCCAAUCAAUGUGGACAGUCCAUGGUUUGAAGGUGAAGUGAAGAUGGAGCAACUGUGCAAAAGAUUCCGUCUCAGCUAUGCAUCCAUCUGUGAAGGUUUCAGAGACUACAUUGAUAAUGGUGGUGCAGAGAUUCCUGAGAAUCUAAAACCAGUGGUGACAGCAGUUAACAGUCUUCCAGUGACAUCCGGUGAUUGUGAAAGGGGCUUCAGUACAAUGAAUUUGGUGAUGUCACCCAUAAGGAGUGGGCUUGGCAUUGAACGCCUGUCUUCUCUUUUGUUUAUUAGUCUCAUUGGGCCUCCUGUGCAUUUAUGGGAUCCUUUACCAUACGUCACAAAAUGGCUGACCACACAUCGCAGCGCAGAUGAUACUAAAUCUCGAAAAGUUGAUAAUCUUGCACAGCAAGGGCAACGUUAUUCCAGUUUGUGGGAUAUUUUCUAA